AUAAGGUUGUCAAAUUCACAACCACCACCCCAGAAUCCCGAGCACCAUCUUCAAUAAACACCUCUCGCCUCUUAGUAAUCUUAGCAAACGAAGAUGAACCGGAACUUAUCAUCAACUCAGUGCCUCCACUUCUCCACUCUCCCUUCUCCGUUUACCCAGCUCACUCUAAGGAUAUCCAAAGGACGCUUUAUAAACCAGCCACAUCCUAAGAAGCAUCCAAUCCCAAUUUCCUGCGUCGGGACCCGAAUAUCCAGAAGAGCAUCGAAGGGUAGGAUGCAGAUGGAGACGAGAGACCUUGUCCGGGUUCUACUGAGGAAAUUUGGUGACAAAGAGCCGUUGGUGAAGACAUUGGACAAACACGUUAAGGAAGUGAGAACCGAGCACUGUUUUCUUCUAUUUGAAGAGCUUGGAAGGACUGAUAAGUGGCUUCAAUGUCUUGAGGUUUUCAGGUGGAUGCAAAAACAAUGCUGGUAUGUAGCAGAUAAUGGUGUGUAUUCUAAGUUGAUAUCAGUAAUGGGAAAGAAAGGGCAGAUCAGAAUGGCAAUGUGGCUUUUUUCUGAAAUGCGAAAUAGUGGGUGCCGGGUUGAUGCUUCUGUUUACAAUGCCCUCAUUUCUGCUCACCUCCAUUCCCGGGAUAAGGUAAAGGCUUUGGAAAAAGCUCUUGCCUACUUUAAAAAGAUGAAAGGCAUGGAACGGUGUAAACCUAAUGUUGUGACCUAUAAUAUUCUGUUGAGGGCUUUUGCUCAAGCUCAAAAUGUAGCUCAAGUUAAUUCCCUGUUUGAAGAUCUUAAGGAGAGGAUAGUUUCCCCUGAUAUCUACACAUUUAAUGGUGUGAUGGAUGCAUAUGGGAAAAAUGGGAUGAUCAAAGAAAUGGAGUCUGUGCUUUCUCGGAUGAAAAGCAAUCAGUGUAAGCCCGAUGUUAUUACUUUCAAUUUGCUCAUAGAUUCUUAUGGGAAAAAGCAAGAAUUUGAGAAGAUGGAACAAGUGUUUAGGAGCCUCUUGCGAUCCAAGGAGAAACCUACCCUGGCUACAUUCAAUUCAAUGAUUAUAAACUAUGGGAAGGCUCGGUUAAAAGAAAAGGGAGAAUCUGUAUUCAAGAGAAUGACUGAUUUGAAAUAUGCUCCAAGUUUCAUCACAUAUGAGAGUCUUAUAGUGAUGUAUGGACGCUGUGACUGUGUCUCCAAGGCUAGGGAAAUAUUUGACAGAAUAGUUGAAUCUGGAAUGGAGAUGCGGGUUUCAACCCUAAAUGUGAUGCUUGAUGUAUACUGCAUGAAUGAUCUUUCCAUGGAAGCAGAUAAACUUUUCAAGAAUGCACCUGACAUGGGGGUGCUUCCAGAUGCAUCAACAUAUAAACUUCUCUAUAAGGCCUACACUAAGGCGAACAUGAAGGAGCUUCUACAACAAUUAUUAAAGCAAAUGGACAAAGAUGGUAUCGUCCCUAAUAAGCGGUUCUUCUUGGAGGCUAUGGAAGCUGUAGGGUCAGUGCUGCCUUCUUCUGAUUCUGCUAGUGCCAAAACUAGUUUCAAGAGGCUGGAGAGAGGUGCAAAAACUGAGGUGAAAAUAAGUGAUUGACUAGUUUGUCUUUUCUUCUUACUGUUUUCUUGUUAAGCUGAGAUUGAAAAGGCAAAGCUUGUGUUGGAUGGUUUUGAUCUGAAGACUUUCAACCAGUUUCUGCACUGUUGAGUUGACUGCUCAAGCUCCAUUGAUGUGGUAUGCACUUUCAACUUAUUUUUUAAAGUCUAUACAUGCAAAUUCCCUGGU